GAAAAGAAUUUUACAGUUGUGACUGAGUUUAUUCUUUUGGGACUGACUGACCGUGCUGAACUGAAACUGGUGCUUUUUGUGUUGUUCCUGGUUAUUUAUGCCAUUACCUUGGUGGGGAACCUGGGCAUGAUCUUCUUAAUCCAAAUCACUCCCAAACUUCACACACCUAUGUACAUUUUCCUUUGCUGCCUUUCUUUUGUAGAUGCCUGCUAUUCAUCUGCAAUUGCACCCAAAAUGCUGUUAAACCUCCUGGUUGUGAAGGGAACCAUUUCCUUCUCCGCUUGCAUGGUACAGCAUUUGUGUUUUGGGGUGUUUGUUACCACAGAAGGAUUCUUACUGUCGGUAAUGGCAUAUGACCGUUACGUGGCCAUUGCAAAUCCUUUGCUUUACAGUGUAGCCAUGUCCAAGAGGAAGUGUGUAGGGCUGAUCACUGGGUCAUGGAUAUGUGGAACUAUUAACUCAUUAAUACACACAAUAAGCUUGGGUAGACUGUCCUUCUGUAAGCUGAAUGCUGUCAGCCACUUCUUCUGUGAUAUUCCCUCACUCCUAAAGCUGUCGUGUUCUGAUACCUCCAUGAAUGAGUUGCUGCUCUUAACCUUCUCUGGAGUCAUUGCCAUGGCCACCUUCUUGAUUGUGAUCAUUUCCUAUGUGUUCAUUGUUUUUGCUAUCCUGAGGAUCCGCUCAGCAGCAGGCAGACGGAAAGCCUUCUCCACCUGUGCCUCUCACCUGACUGCUGUAACCAUAUUCUAUGGUACGUUAAGCUUUAGUUAUAUUCAGCCGAGCUCCCGGUAUUCCGUAGAACAGGAGAAGGUUGUUUCUGUGUUCUACACACUAGUGAUUCCCAUGUUAAACCCACUGAUUUACAGUCUGAGAAACAAAGAGGUAAAGGAUGCUGUGAAAGGGCCAUAGAAAUGAAAUAUUUCCCC